AUGCAGCUUACUUCUACUCUCUUUCUCAUCGCCCACAUGGCUGCUGGAGCUCUUGCUCUUAGUGGAGAUGGCGCGGCGUGUCAAUUGAACACCGAAUGUCUCAGCGGAUACUGCAUGCCUCAUACAGGAUCUGACAAAUACGUAUGCUGGGGCCAGCGUCGUAAGGGAGACUGGUGCAACGUCAACUAUAGCGGAACAGUGUGCAAUAGUGGACUGACGUGCCGUUCGUACCAGGGAAGCUUCUUCCUUGGCAAGUGCAGCUAA